UGUUUGUCCUGCAGAGCGCGGCGAUGGCGGGGAGGACUUCUUCCAGCAAAAAGUCCCUGAAAAGUCUCUUCUCCAGGAGCGAACCCAGCCUGGACGAGUCGCCGACGGACAGCGCGAAAAGGCCAGAAGACAAAAAGCGCUUCAAGUUGCCAAAGUUGAAGAUAAAGUCGAUAGGGAGCCCCUCGUCCUUCAAGGCGGCGGGCAAAAAGCAGCAUGUGCUCAGUGCUGCUGAACCAAUUAACAGUCCGGUGGAAGGACCGGGCCGGGAUAACAAUAUCUCUGACAAGACAAGCUCUUCCAUCUAUGCCACCGCACCAAGGUCAAAGACCCAAGAAUUGAGCUACUCCGAGACAGAUCUCAGUAAGCCCAAAAGGUUUGCCACCUUUUCCUUCGGCCUUCUGAAAAAGAAGAAAAAGAAGAAAGAAGAGAAUAUAUCCAGGAGCACUUUUGGCCUCCACAGCCCUGACGUGGAAGAGUGCGAUGAGAACCCUGCAGACUUCAGUCAGGUGGAUGAGGAUCAGGCCAGAAGAAAUGCAAAGCUCAGCAUGUCCCAGCCGGUGCUCGACACCAGUGAUUCCUUCGAUAUCCCUUCUCCUCCUUCGAUCCAUUCGAAGUUGUUAGAAUCCUACUUCGCUGCCUCAAACCGGACCCCAGUCACUCACACGGCCAUAGUAGAACCUCGAGAGCCUCUAACAAGCGACUCGGACUUUCGUCUGCAUCAAAAUGCUCAAACGGCACCGACUGCAACAAUUCCUGAGAUGCAACAAGAUAACAAAGUUCCUUCAGAGAAUAAAAACAACAUUCUUGUCAAUGACAACCAAUCUGAAUCAGUCUACGAAUCGGUGUGGGUAGAUUGUGUUUCUCCCUCUGAAGAAACAGCCCCGAAGCAGGAUCAGACUGAAUUGUCUUGCUCAGAUUACAAAGCAGUAAACAUCAACUCAUCUGCUACACACUUUGAAGAUCAGUCUGGAAACAGCAAAGUAUCGAUCGCAGAACCCAUCAGUGCACCGCUUUCUUAUGAAGCAGAUGCCCCAGACGCACCUUUUGGUCAAACUCCAAAAAGUCAACCCUCCUUGGCUUAUACUGACAGUGAUGUUCCUCCUCUGCCAGAGCCGGUUGCUUACACAGAACCUGUUCUGGUCCGACAAGAGGACUUAUUUCCUCACAUUCAGCAAUCCAUUCCAGACUUUGCAGAAAAGGUCCCAAAGCCUUUGGCUGAUGAAAAGCCUGAUCUCCCUGUCAACCGAGAUGAAGUUUAUGGAGCUUUGUACGAGUCACUGUUCCCACAAAGUUUCACCUCGGAGAUUAUGUCUUCUCUACCGACCAAUCACGUUGAAACCUCCCCUGGUACAAGAACAUUCAAAUCGGAACAAGUUAUGAUUGAAACCCAAAGAGAUGAACAUUACCCCAGGCUGUCAACUUCAAGUGUCACCGAUAGAAUAGAUAACGCGUUCACGGUUUUCAACGAGCCGUUCUCCCGCCAGAGGUUUUCCUCUUACAAUACCCCUACAGCCUCCGAGGCUCCGAUGACCACAAAUAUCCCCCACAGCUCUUCCUCUUCUUAUUCCUAUUCGGAAGUAGUUGACAACAACCCUUAUCCAGUCCACAUCCAUGCAGACAUCAACUCAAUCAGCUUCCGUCCUUUUGAAGAGAAACCUAUUGCUUCAAACUCUGCCCCUCCUGUUUCUGACCACGAAUUAUCCCAAGGGACUGACACUCAGGUUACUGCCCCACUAGGAAGGGCGAUUCUAGUCAAAGAAAUAGUCUCCAACAAGAAUAGCGCAGACUCUGGUCCUUCCUCAUUGAUGUCAAAUGAAAUGACCACAGAGAAAGGUCUUGGAAAGAAAAUGGACACAGCUGAUAGUCCUCCUGAACUCACAGAGGGUUAUGCUGUUCCUAGCAGCCCCGUGUAUCUGAGCGUUGGAUCGGAUGUUGGGAGUGCCAUGGACAUUUAUUACAGCGCAGAGGAGGACAGCUUGGACAGUUUGGAUGAGCAGACGUACACUAUGGAUAGAAUAGAAGAACGUUUUCUGGGACCCUCAAGAGUCACUAAAUUUGAGGAGUACCCACUGGAGAAGGAGACCGAAAGGACCGUGGAUAUUGUGGAGCUACAUGGGGGAAACAAGGAGACAGAAGAGGUGUGUGAUCUCCAGGUUGAUAAACAUAAAUUACUGAUAAUCCAGAGGGAUGAAUUUCAAGUGCCAGAAACAGGUGGACCCGAGUUUUUUCAAGUUAAAGACGAAAGUAUGGAGGGGACACAGUUUCCUGCCAAAGCACUGCCGCCGAUAAAAGAAGAGGAGUUACUGGUCAAUCCGGUUCUGCAGGUGAACACACAGAUGGUAUGUGAGUUUGCUGCACCCUCCAGCCACCCGCAGGGGGAGGGGACUCGUGGAAACUGGAUCGAGGUCAUCGACACAGGGAGGAAGCCCCCAAGUCAGGAGUUCCGGUAUCUGCCAGAUAAAGAUAUGCAAAGUAAGAAUGUAUUCAGGACCGACGUGAACGAGGAAGACUUAAGGACAUCCGAAUUGAAAAAGAAAGAAGAGAGACUUUCAACAACCGUUGAAAAAACGAGCCCCGAUACCACAAAUGUGGAAAGAGCCGUCCCAGAGAACUCGAUCACGUUGACGCACGAUGCUGAGCUGCAAUCAGCAGCGUUUGCAGUCGAGCACAAAAGGGCUCAUCGGGAGCGCGAGUGGGUGGAUACCAUUUCUGAGAGCGCGGAGAGAAACUUGGCGAGGCAAGAACAGGUGGCAGUAGAGCUGUCAGACCUCAAAGCUAACACACACCAGCCUGACAAGGAAGCCCCGGAGACUCUUUUGGAGAGACGGCAGCAUCCGCCAGACCUCCCGGCUGAUCUCAAACAAAGGUGCCUCGCAGCCGCCCCGGGAACCUCGAUUUCCCAAGAACCCAAGACAGACGCCGACCAAGAAUCCGAUGACAAAAUGAACACAGGCUACAGCAGCCUGAGCACCACACUCUCCAUGAGAAAUGUGCCUCCGGAUCAACUUAACGAAUCCCGUUACGGGAUCCGUAAAGUAUCCCUGGUGCGUGAGACUGGCAGUGCCGCCACACAGGGGACUGCGGACUUCAACAGAGCAGAGUCGAAUGGGACAAGUCUUGGCUCAGACUAUGACUGGAAGAAUUCGAUUGAUAGUGCCUCCAGAUAUGCAUCCAAAAGAGAAGAACCCUUUGACGCUCUGAAAUACAGACUGUCUGACACCUACUCCUCCUCUGUCCUCCCUGAGGCCACGUCAUACAGCUACACUGGCAGCAGAACUCAGAGCGAGCUGGCCCGAGAGCCGGAAGGUGACUGGGGGCGGAGCUCUUUGAGACAGGAGGAGUCUUCUGCACCUGCAGACGACCCGGAGGCAUUCUCUUUUACUGGAGUCUUUAAGGCCACGCUGGUGGAGCUCGACGACCCGGCGACCUCCUACACGCCCCCGGCCUCCCCCGACACGGACGCGUCCCACCAGUACGACAUGGAGACCCUGAAGGACACGCUGAAGAGCAUGGGGUCCACGCUGAGGCCGAGGAGCAUGGGUCUGCGGGGACCGCCGCCGGUCCUCCAUUCCGCGCUCCCCCCGAUCGGCGAAGAGGUCCCCAGCCCCGUCACCUCUGACGUCUCCAGUCCCAAGAAUAAGAUGCAGGCCGGGUCCUCUGCUGAGGCCCUCAAUGGAAUUUACACUCUACCUCCCAACCUGGGCCUGAAAAGCUCCACUAGAGACACACGAUCCCCAAUGGAGUUAAUGAAGAAGGAUCUGCCCGGGACGAGAGCCGCGCCCCUCAGCCCCAACCGAGCGUCAGCCACCGCAAGUGUUGUCAUGAGGCAAUCCUCCAACAGUUCCGACGAUUCCAACGGACAAUCCGCAGCCUCGCGCCUGGACACCAGCGUCAUCUUCGCCAACUACCGCUCUUCCUCGACUGAUCACAAACAGGAAAACGGCAAGGUCCACCAACCAGUGACCCGCUCCGGUUCCCUGCCCAGUUUUGGCUCGUCCAGCCUACUUAAGGAGCUCAGCGAAGUCAACACCACAACAGACUCACCGGGUUCUCGCUUCGAACGCUUAUCCUUCCUCAUGAGCUCCCCGCCCUCGUCAAGCUUCUCGGGCGGAGCUGAUGACCUCAGCAGUCGCUUGGGUCGGUCAUCGCUGCAAAGCAGCACCACGCCACCUUCCGGAAGCCUCAUCAGCCCCUCUACUUCCUUGGAACAUCACAGGUUGUUCCCCACCACAGAGUCCUCCGUAUCUAAGUUUGGGCAUACUUUGGGUCAGGGGAUGGGCACCCAGGCACUGAGCACCCAGGCACUGAUCACCCCUACUCUGCAGAGGAGCUUCAGUCAGGAUUCCAUCCCAGUGGGCACCCAGAAGAAUUUUCCCACCCAAAACAACCUGUCCAGGGGGUCUCAAGUCCAGGCACCUGAGCCAGAGAGGCACGUAAAAUACAGAGCCUUCCCAGAUGCCUAUCUCACCAAAGAAAAGGAACAUGGCAAGCUCAACCCUCGACCCGGAAAGUUGUAUAUUUUUGACCGGCCGGGCUUCUGUGGCCAGAGGAUCGAGCUGCACAGCGAUGUGGUCGACGCCACGUCAUGGGACCUGCAGGAGACCAUCUCCAUCAGGGUGCUCAGAGGAGGCUGGGUGUUGUACGAGAAGCGUAACUUUAAAGGGGAGAAGAUCGCCCUGGACGAGGGGGACAUAGAGAUCACCUGCCCCUUCAAGCCCCCCGAGGAGGAGCAGCAGGUGAAUGGAGAGAAGCAGCAGAACGGGGAGCAGAAGGAGGAGAGCAGUGAGGAGCAGACGGAAGCCAAGCCGGCCAAGAAGUUCAUCAUUGGGUCCGUUCGAAGAGCUGUGAGGGACUACAGCGUGCCGGAAAUCAGCCUCUUCCCAGACGAGAACGCAGAAGGCAAGAAGGUGAUCUUCCGAGAUACGUCCGAAGAUGCGAGAAUUUUUGGUUUCCCCAUCAAGGCCAACUCCAUCAUCAUAAAAGCCGGACUAUGGCUUGUGUUUGCCAAGCCCUUCUUUGAGGGGGUGCCGCGCGUCCUGGAGGUCGGGGGGUAUUCCAAUCCUGAAGCGUGGGGCGUGGAGCAGCCCUAUGUGGGGUCUCUGCACCCGCUCAAAGUCGGGGAGCCCAGGGUGGAAAAUAUCAGCGAACCAAAGAUCGAGAUCUUCGAAAGGUCGUACUUCACCGGCAGAUCGAGAGUCAUCACCGCCAACAUGAAAGACUUCAUGACCCGACUGGACAAGCAGCAGAGUGCCUUCAUGUACACGGCGGGAUCCCUCAAAGUGCACGGAGGAAUCUGGGUGGGCUACGAGAAGGAGGGCUUCAGGGGGCACCAGUACUUGCUGGAGGAGGGCGAGUACCACGACUGGAGGGUGUGGGGAGGCUCCAACCCCGAGCUGCGCUCCGUUAGGGUCAUCCAAGCUGACCUGAGCGAUCCUGUAAUGGUGAUGUUCGAGCAGCCGGAGGAAGAGCAGGGUGCCGGCGAGCAGGAGGAGAACACCUUCGAGGUGAUGGAGGCCAUCCCGGACGUGGAGCUGUUUGGCUACAAGACCAACACCCGAUCCAUCCAGGUCUACAGCGGGGCGUGGGUGGCCUACUCCCAUGUGGACUUCUCCGGUAGCCAAUACAUCCUGGAGAAAGGCUUCUAUAGUAAUUCUGCCGACUGGGGUUCUCCGGACACUCGCAUCUGCUCCGUGCAGCCAAUUCAUCUGGCUCCAACUGACGGUAACAGGACCAGGAAAGAGAUACUAUUGUACUCCGAGCCGGACUACAGGGGCGACUGUCUUAUCUUCAGCUACAAACAGAAAGCAGAAACGGAAAACUUCCAGACCAAGUCGUGCAGAGUGGUGGGAGGGAGCUGGGUCCUGUAUGAGAAUAAAGACUUCAGCGGGGUCAUGUACGUCCUAUCAGAAGGGGGCUACAACUCCUUAACCAGCAUGGGCUGCACGUCCAGCACCUUCAUCCGCUCCGUCAAGGCCGUGCCAAUGACCUUCUCAGUCCCCUCCAUCUCGCUGUUCGGCCUGGAGGGUCUGGAGGGGAGGGAGAUCUCCACAGACUCGGAGAUCCUCAGCCUGGCGGGAGAAGGCUUCAAUGAUCACAUCCUGUCCGUCAGAGUUAACAGUGGCUGGUGGGUGCUAUGUGAGUACAGCAACUACAGGGGGCGCCAAUUCCUCUUGGAACCGAUCGAAAUUACCAACUGGCCCAAGUUCAGCUCCCUGCAGACCGUGGGCUCCAUGUAUCCUAUCAAACAGAAGCGGCAGUUUUUCCACAUCAAAAACGUGGACAGCGGCCACUUGAUGUCCAUCCAGGGAGGCGUGGAGGAGAUGAAAUCUGGACGGGUGGUGGUCUUGCCGGAAGCUGAGCCCAUGAGUGACAUCUGGUUCUAUCAGGACGGAUUGAUCAAAAAUAAGAUGUCCCCAGUAAUGAGCCUCCAGGUGAUAGGCACAGUUGAACAAGGGGCCAAGUUGGUUUUAUGGAACGAUACACGGCAGCGUCCUCAGACUUGGGUGGCCCAGAUGAGAGGCCCCAUCACCAGCAUCACCUUCCCCGGCAUGGUCAUGGAUGUUAAAGGCGGAAAUACCUACGACAAGGACUAUGUUGUGAUCAUGCCCGAGGGUGAGAGGCAAAGCCAAAAUUGGGAGAUCUUACUGCUGAAUUAGAACCCUCCCAAAUACGCUGCUCACCUGUAUCUCCACAACGCUUCGUAUCCUUCGCCCUGGUCUUAUUAUCAGGAACCAGGAGCCAUCGCUCGCAUACCUGCCUUAAACAUUUUACCCAAUGUGAAAGUCCAUAACUAUUUUUUAUAAUAAUAUAUUCAUCAUUGUGUUUACUUUGACCUGCAGAAUUAUAAUCAGACUUACUUAUUUUGAUGCUUGCGGUUUACAAACCAUGCACAUAUUUAAGUCGCCGACUAACGCUUAAAUGGGUGGAUAAAUAAAGCCAAAGAAUGUACGGUAUAUGCAAAAAAAAAAUUAUAAAAAUUAAGCUAUUUUUAUAUACAUAUUUUAUGUUUUUCUCGUUGCAGUAUUGCAUGGGAAGUGUAUGUCCAGUUUCUAUCAAGUGUUACAAAUAAAGUGUAUGUCAUUGUUUGAUAUGUAAUAAUAAUAAUGUAGAGGGUGUGGUUUUAAAAGUGCCUAAUAAAAAAAAACAUGUCAAAUAAAAAAUAUAUAUUA